UGUCAAAAUCUGGCCACCGAAGAACACGUGGAGAGUUGUUUAUCGUAAUAAUAAGUGAAGUUUGUACAGUCUGUUACGUUUUGAAGCUAGCUAGCCCCCGCCCUUCUGAAGUUUUCACAUGUCGCUUCUAAACAUCUAACUGUCCGUUAUCAUUAUAAAUGAUUUUCCAUAUCACGAAACUGGUUACUGUGCGCGAUUUGCGGCACCAUUGUGGUGAGGGAAUUCACACAAUUUCAGUGGUGUCGCCGUAACUCAUUUCCUCCGUUCGUGUCUUGCCAUCGACGAAACCAAAAUAAUUGUAUAGGAACUGGAAGCCGUCGGGAAGUUGUGCAUUUCUGGGAAUAUCGGUCUGGUUGUUUUACGCGGGUUGGUUAUUAUGUAUACCUUGCCGCUUUGCACCUUGCUCAGUGCAAAUUUUCGCACCUUAAACUGUUAAAACAGAACUUGCAUAUGAGGAGCAGCUAGAGGCAAACAUACAGAGGAUGUGGUAGCAAAAAAUGUAACGUUUGAUCACACUAAUAUCGCUAUAUAUGAAUGUCAAAAAUCUUUAGGAAGAUGCUUCGUUUCACAUGUGCUUAUAGCUCUGGUUCAGCUGCGCUAAAAUGUCUUAAUCCCUAAAACCUGGCUUACGACUAAUGGGCAACGAUGAGAAAGACUAGAAUACUUUAGGCAAUUUGUAAUGCUGCAUAUCGUGGACAGCAAUAAUAAGGAAUGGCUAUAGUAGAGAUACAUAUAUAUGUAAUCAGAAACCAGAAAAUAGUUUAUACUUGACUAGUUCACUUUCUAAAGUGUCAUUUAUAAUGCGUUUUCAUAAUAAAUAUGAAAAUCGACCCGCAGCCAUCCCAACAAACCAAAAUAAUUAUCACUAUGUUAUCAUGUAUUGCCAUGUUUGGCCCCAUGUAUACUUUCUGAAAGUAUACCUGAAAAAUUGUUGACCUCUGCAAUAUAGAACUGAUUACUUGGUAAUGUACUGUGCAGGGUCUCUUGCUACUUAGCAUAAUUGACUGGAACCAUACAGGAAAGUAAAUGUCUUAUUAGGGAAAUGUGGUCACACAGAAUCUAAGAAGUAUCUGAAUCAACUUAGUUUUGUGUAUAAAUACCCCAAAUUAUAGUAAUUAUGGACUCUCAGGUGGGUAAGCUUGUACAUGCAGCUGAGUGGAAACGAUGGGUUGAGGUGAUUUUUUAAUUUUAGUUUUAAUACGCAUGCAAAUUCGCCUCCGGAAAACAGCAGCCUUCUUCGGAUGCCACAUAGGGUGGUAAUGGGGUGCAGUUUGAUGUUUUAUGGACAAACAACUUUUUGGGAGAUUUCAGCGAGUGAUGACGUAGCGAGCAGCGAAGUUGAGACCUCGGGCGAGGGCAGAUCUGUUGCGGCGCGGCGUUAAAGUGCGACGGUCAUCUGCGAGUCCCGGACGCGGCCAAGCGUCCAGCCCAGCCCCGGCGCAGUCGGCUCCACACGGGGGGCCAUCUAAUCGCCAAAACUUAUUCGCUUGGGUCGCGAUCGCACCCGAGUUUUGCCAGGACCGAGUUGCCGUUUUCAGGUGGCGGCGACGAGUUUGAACCCUGCAGCUGCAGGGGCGAGACGCAGACGGUCGCUGGCGGAUCCUCGGUCUCGCUUAGGAAAUAUGCUCAAUUUAAUCAACGUUUACCGUCAAAAAACCUCGGAUCCAUGGUGAAGAGAAAGAGGAUACCGCCUGCUCCCGAACAACACAAAAAUGGGAUGACCGUGAACCCCGGAGACGGCAGCGGGGACGAAGGGGUGAAGGAUUUGAGCCGAAAGCUUGAAGGUUGCGAGGAGGAGGAGAGCGGCGAGCAGGGGAGCGAGGAGAGCAAUACAAAGGGAGCCGGCGAUGGGAUCCCCGAUCCAGCAUUUGCGGGUCCGUCCGAGCCGCCGGCGGUACCCUCCACCUCUACCCCAACUCUACCGGGACACAACUCUAACGCCCCGCAGCAGCCCUCCGCCCCGACCGCCCAGAGCCAGGACCAGCAUCAUUUCCUGAGGUCCAGCGUCCGACCUCCCAACAAAAGGCUGCGGAAGGAUGCCAUCGCCUCCCCCGCGAACGGGCACAGCGGUGCCCGGGGGAAAGCUGUGGAGAAUGGGGCACCUGUGCCUGUGGGCUGUGGCCAGUCAGGAUCCCCUGUGGGCCUGGCCGGCGGCGUCUCUAAGGCUGCCCCUCGGAACCUGGGGCCCAGUGACAAAGAGGAGGUGGGCAGCAGCCAGAAGAAGGCACGGCGGCAGUGGGAGUCCUGGAGCACGGAGGACAAAAACUCCUUCUUCGAAGGGCUUUAUGAGCACGGGAAGGAUUUCGAAGCCAUUCAGAACAACAUUGCACUAAAGUACAAGAAGAAGGGAAAGCCAGCAAGUAUGGUGAAGAACAAGGAACAGGUGCGACACUUCUACUACCGCACCUGGCACAAGAUCUCCAAGUACAUCGACUUCAGCAACGUCUACUCCCGGGUGAUGAAGAAGUCGUCACGGGAGCUCUACGGCCUCAUCUGCUAUGCGGAGCUCAGGAAGAAGGUCGGCGGACUGAUGGACGACAAGAACGUCGCCAAGCUGAACGAGCUCAUCCAGCAGGGGGCCACCACGGUGCGCUCCAAAGGUCGCAACCUGCGCAUCAAGGCGCCCAUGUGCCGCGCCCUGAAGAAGCUCUGCGAUCCCGAAGGCGUGAGUGAUGAGGAGGACCAGAAGCCAGUGCGGCUCCCCCUGAAGGUCCCUGUGGAGCUACAACCAAGGAGCAACCACUCCUGGGCACGAGUGCAGAGCCUAGCACAUAACCCCAGACUGAGGAUGGUGGUGGAGCUCCACAGGAAGGUGUCCAGCCUCAUCGAGUUUCUCAAGCAGAAGUGGGCUGUUCAGGACCAGCGCCUUUGGAAGAGCCUAGUGGAGUGGGAGCCGUUGGAGGGCCAGCAGCGCUCUGCGUGGGGCAUGGAGGAGGAGGAACUCUUCCUGUACCCGGCGGAGAGCAGCACGCUGACGGCGCUGCCCGGCGUCGCCCGCGUCGUUCACUCCAAAGCCUUCUGCACUGUGCACUGGCUGGAAAGUGGCAAGUGCCGCCCCAAUGCCAAGGACCUGCCUGCCGCCCAGAUCCUGGGCAUCCAGGCGGCCCCCAGGGGCCACGGGCGGCAGGGCCGUGUUGGAGGAGGGGAGGUGCGGCGAGCAGACGGGGGGGGUGCGGCCGAAGGGACCGACGGUCUGCCUGCCGACGGGCCGGAUGAAAAGAACUCUCUGAACCUCUCGCAGAGUGUCAGCUCCCUGCCCCAGUCCUUUCUCAUCCCUGGACAGAAGGAGAGGAGUGCCCAGCCAGUGCUGGAGGGGAACUCCCCCCUGAGCAGUCCGGGGGAGAGGCUGGCGCUCAGGGCUGUGGGGGGUGAGGAUCCAGACAGGCAGGGUCCUGGCCCAUCGCCGAAGGAGGGCACUCCAACGGAAGGCAGCUCAUCACCUGGGAAGGAGCCGCCCAGCUCUCUCAGGGAUCCUUGUGGGGAGGAGAGGACAGCAGGGGGCGCUCUGUCUCCUGAGAGGCAGGGAGCCGGUGCAGAGGUCCUGCCUCCUCCAGUGCCGCCAGGGGACGUUUGCACUAAAGACGGCCCGACGUCAGAUGAGGGCGCCCCCGAGUUGGGGCGCAGAGGCGGCGGUGGCAGGGGGGCCGGGAAGGAGGAAGAGGUGGCGGGGGGGGCUGCGCCGUGCAGCCGCCCCCCCGAGCAGAUCCGUGAGGAGGGCUGGAGUUCCCACAGCACAGAGAAAGUGACACUAGCUGAGCUCUACCUCAUGCUGGGCAAGCCAGGCAAACUGCAGCUGGAGUAUGAUUGGCUGCCCGUGUCCCGCCAGGAUGGCCGGCCACAGCCCCAGCCCCUGCCCCCCCCCAGCAUGCACCGUGUGCUGCGCUGCCUGCUGCGGCUCGUCACCACCGAGGUCAACCCCAAGCCGGCGCCCGAGCUGUGCUCCACCGCCACCUCCCCAGUGAAGCCCACCCUGGAGGAUCAGGCUUUCACCCCCCCAGGGAAGACUCUCACACUGGGGGUCCGCAGCCCGAGCUGUGUCCGGCAACAGGCUUCUAUCCGGGCGGGCCCACGAAACCUUCCACGCCCCCUGCUGGUGGCAGGCGCCUCCGACGCAGACAGCAGCCUCUUCGCCAUCCCCACCACGCUGCCCCCCAACAGUCGCCACGGCAAGAUGUUCUCCCCCAACAAGGAGGCGGAGAGGGCACUGAGGCAGCAGCUGGACUCCAUCAGUAAGCAGUCUGACCUCUUUCUCCCCAAACCGCGCAAGAUCAGGAGUCGGCACAAGUCACUGGUGGUGCAGAGGACGCUGCUCCCUCGGACGACAGGGGAUACUCCGCAACAUGUCUGCUCCUUCUCCAUUCUCUCUAACUCAUCUGUGGCAGUAACUGGUUCUUUCCGGCCGAUCCAGCCGUCACUGCCUUCAGCUUCCCGCUCCCUGAUUCCCAGUACGUCCACCCAGCUCUCCAGUACGAUCGAUCUGGCAGCCAAGUCGGCGGGAAUCAUCCCCUGCAGCCCUGCCCAUGAGCCUGCAGCUCCAGCCCCAGAGAGCCUCCUGCUGUCCCCCAGUCCAGUGGCCACCGAGCCGGAGGGAGGCCUGGUUCACCAGCCCACAGCAGACAUGGUAUCUGAAGAGGUGACACUACGAAGCAGCCCGCCGCUGCCCCCUGCAGACGCAGACUCGCUACUGUCCCCCCCGAGUGUGGCGUCCCUGUUAGACCUGUCACUGCCGGGUCCGCCAGAGGAGGUGAUGUCCCAGGGCGAGCCGGCCACGCAGAUCAGCGAUUCCAUCAUUGAGCUGGCUAUCAACUCACACUACGGUGACGGACCUUCACUGUCCCCAGCUAAGCUGAAUGGCACUGACGUCUCAAAGAGCCUCCCAUCCCCCACGGGCAGCCCCCACCGCAGCUGGAUCGCAUCACCCACGCACGACCCGCAGUGGUACCCCAGUGACUCCAGUGACUCCUCGCUGGGCUGCCUGCUCUCAAGCCUGAUCUCCCCAGAGAAGGGCCGCAAGAUGUCCCUGCCAGUGCCCAGCCUGCUGGACAGCAGCUCCCACGACUCCUUCCAUGCCCGUGGCCUUGUUGACGUCGCAGAGGUGGACUCUCAGCUUGCCUGCAUGAUGAGUGAGAACAGCGUGGACUACAUCACCCGCUUCAACGACUUGGCGCAGGAGUUGUCCCUCCCCCCCCAUGGUCACGGCAGCACGGGCUAAGGGGGGACAUAAGAGGUCUGGAUGGAUGUCUGGAGAUCAGUUUAUUUUAUUUUUUUUUAAUUUUUUAACUACAAAGAAGCUCUAUGGAGACGAAUGUGCAAUAGAAGGUGAUGAGGACAUCGGCGCGGUUGGUAUCCUGGACAGCCCCGCGGCACCCCCCCAUGCCGCCCUGUGUGGGGUAUGGGACCCCCCCGAAAGCCCUGCCGCUCCUCGCUGCGGCUUCCCUAAUAUUAAACACUUCGGUAAAAUUUCUACGCUAGAACUGAACGUUGUUUACAAAAUGUGGCUUUUACGCAAAAGGCUGCCCCCCCCCUUUCAUUCGCAGUACCUCUAUUCGCAUACAACCUUUUAUUCCACUGGGCGGGUGUCUGAGUAGGAUGCCAGGCUCAUGUGACAGUUUUAAGAGAUUUUAAUUUUUAAUUACUAUUUUUUUUUUUUUUAUUUCCUCUUCCACUGUCAUCCAAUGAGAUUAGUGUAAAAUUGAUGUAGCCACCUGUACCGGUGCCCUGAGAUUCCCAGGUAUGUACAGUGCAAGCAACUGUGAAAGGUUGUGAAACUUCUCUCACUUGUAGUGAAAGUUCAAAUAGGAGAAACUGACAUGGAAUUUUGAGAAAGAUUGAGAUAUUCUAUGCUAGGACACUUUCUGUAGAUUUCAGGGUUUUUUUUCUUUUCUUAAUUUCUUUUAUGGGUUUUCACUUCCUGUGCAAAACUGAGCCUGAUCCCCCAGAUUCUUUCCAAGUUAAUUUAUGCACUGUUCUGAGGGAUUUUGUUACCUAUGUGUCAGUUCACAAGGGGAGGUGGCUAACGGGGAUAGCUCUGACAACUAUUAGUGUUAACUUAUUGACGCAAAUAACCAUGACCACCAAAAUCUGGGGUACCGCAGUAAGGACACAAUUCUUCCAUUUAUGAAGCAAAGGUCCCUUUUUUUAUAGCAGGGCACUGGCUGUCAUGCUGUUGGAUGUCCUCCAUCAGUCCAGCAGUCUGAAGGUGGUGUAGAAGCUGCCCUGUUUCGUUACGCCUUCAUGUGUAGUCUUUUAGACGCGAAAGCAUUGGCCAUGUUUUAGACUCUGCGUUUUGUAACUUGUAAAUAGUUUUGUCCAUGUGGAUAGAUGCAUUAAAAAAAUAUAUAUAUAAAAAAUAUAUAUAUAUCUGCCUCUUAAAAAUUCUUGUGGAAAUUUGAAUAAGCCAUAUAAGAAGAUAUUGCAGCUGGUGUGAAUUUAAAUUGUAAUUGUAAGCUCUUCUGUUUUUUUUUUUGUUUUUUUUUGUUAUUUAAGAGGUUUUUCCUUCAUUUGGACUGAGAUAUCCCUGAGAUGAUCAAGGGGGGAGAGGAGAUGAUGAUGAUGAUGAUGAUGAUGAUGAUGAUGAUGAUGGAGACGUGCUCCGUGGGCCUCUCAUACUGGGUUUAUGUCCUGGUUUGCUCUGUGUGUCACACGUGAACCUGCGCUUGAUGUGGACUGUGCCUGACCAAUAGGAUUUUAUCUUGAUGCUGUGUCCUCCUUUUGCUCUUUCUGACUCAUCCCACCCACCAUCCACCAGCAUACUGACUCGGACCGACUGCAGGACUAACAUACAUAGGAUGAUGCGUGUCAGGUGUCCCGAUGCCCUCGUUCAGAAAUCACAGGAUUGGUUCUCCGUGUUGUCCGGCAGGGAAAUGGCCCCUCCUCAUGCAGGCUGUAGUAGACUAGAAAAUCCACAUAAGACAAAGAUGGUAUUUCCAGCCUAAUAGUUCUGGUUAUUCUAAGCUAAUACUCUUCAAUCUGUCUAUUAUGAAGUACAUUUUAUAGAGAGCAUUCAGUACAGAAUAUUAAAACGGGCCACAAUGAUUCAUAGUGUGAACGUUUUUAGCAAAAUAUGAAAUGUAUUAAACUGAGCUUUUCUUGACUGUAUAUUUGUGAGAAUAUUCAUUAGUAAGGUUAUUACAUCCUAUAUCCAUCAUGAGUGGGACAAAUAUCCCAGCAGAAGUGUUUGUGUAGGGAAAUGACGCUGCCUUUAGUCCUCCAUAAUUUUGCCAUGCCUGUGAUGCUGCAAGGCAUUCAGAUCUGCUCAGCAAAUUCAACCAGUUUUAACAACUUAGGAACCAAGUGUAAAUUGAGAAUUUGAGCCUUUGGUGAUAGCCCAUGUAUAUAUUUACAUGUAGACAAACUUGCAUGUUCGAUUGGUUUUCAGUUGCAUCAAGUAUGAGGCUUUAAACCACAGAUGUCAUUAAGAUGGGAAUUUAACUACUGUGCUGUUUGAUUUUUAGUAUCCACCCGGUCCCCAGGGUAACUACAUGCUGGCUUUACUUUCUAGUUGACCCCCCCCCCCCCCCCCAUUUCAGUUUGAGGCUCACAUGUAGGCAAGAACAUGGAUUAUGUUUGAAUACAAGGUGUUUGUAUUUGCAUAACAAUUCCAAAUCCGACCUUACCUUUUGUAACAUAUUGUAAAUUAUUUGGACUAUUUAUUGUUAACAAUUGAGAAAAAAAAUGUUUUGGUUAUUUAAUAUUCAGGCUGAACUGUUAAAGCUGCAGUUUUAAGAGUUGCAAGUUUGUAAAAGGUGUUUUUACUCUUGUGGUUAUAAAUACAGUUUUAAAAAAUU